ACAAAGUAUAUUCUGUUUAUUUAACAAUUAACCAACUUUCAAGAUAUAUAAACUUUAUUAUUAAUGCAAUUUUAAGUUUUUUUUUUAUUUUAACUUGAUUCUGUUGUGAAAAACAUGUUACAAUAUGAUUGUAUGGAGGUAUAUGUCAGGAAGUAGCGGAGCUACACGAGAGAGACAAAAAUUGGGCGAUGCAGCCCCAGCGUCACCAACUAAAGAAGGACAAGCUUUUAUCUUUGACAAAAAGCCUGAAAACAAAUUGCAAAUUCAAGGUUCACAGGAUGAAGAGGAGCCUUAUUUUACUAAGCCAGCCCUAAGUUAUGAUCUACCUCGACCUAGGGCCAACACAGUUUCUGAGGGGACUCAACCAGUGCGAAAUGCAUCUAAAACACCUACAGUAUUUCGUUGGGAAGGGGGUGGUAAAGAUGUCUGCAUUUGUGGUACUUUUUCAAAUUGGGAAACAAUACCUAUGGUAAAAAGCUACGGAGAUUUCGUCGCUAUAAUUGACUUACCUGAAGGAGAACAUCAGUACAAGUUCUUUGUAGAUGGAGAGUGGAAAAAUGAUCCAGCUAAUAAAAUUGUAGAAGAUAACGGUGGUGUCAAAAAUAAUCUUAUUGUUGUGAAACAAUCAGACUUUGAGGUAUUUCAAGCAUUGGCUAAAGAUAGCGAAAAUGCUAAAGAUGAUUCUCAAAAAGAAUUUGGACAAGAUAUUCCGGCGAAUAAGCCUUGGGAAAAAACGACCGGACCACCUAUUUUGCCACCUCAUCUUCUUCAAGUUAUUCUUAACAAAGAUACACCACUCUCAUGCGAGCCAACUUUACUGCCAGAACCGAAUCACGUUAUGUUAAAUCAUCUGUAUGCUCUUUCUAUAAAAGAUGGCGUCAUGGUACUUAGCGCUACGCAUAGGUACAGGAAAAAAUACGUCACCACAUUAUUAUACAAACCUAUAUAAGAAUUUUAAAUUAUUUUGUAUAUAUGUAGAUUAUAUUUUUAAUUAGUAUCUGAAUUUUUUUAGGGAAAUUUUAUUUCAAUGGAUACUAGGCUUUGUUGAUUUUUUUUUGUAUAUUAUCAUUCUGCUCCAUAAGUAUUAAUAAUAAAAGAUUACUUUGAA